ACAAAAAUGGCGCUUCCGACAUUACAACCGUACUGGCUGAAAAACUACAAAAACAGGAAUGAGGGACUCCUUGUUCGGAGAACACAAUUCGAAGCGGAAAGAAGGGAAGCUUGGGAUAAUAACGCACGAUAUUUCAAUAGAUCUAACGUGGAGACUACUAAACAACGAGUGUGGGGAUCAAGAGAAUCUUACGAGGACAGCAUGCAAGCACUGGAUGGUUUGUACAAGGAGAACAUGAAACAAGAUAAACAGCAAAGAUUAGAUGAGAGGAAAAAAAAACUGUCUGAAAUGUUGUUAAAGGAGACUAAAGAGUAUGAGGAAGAGCUUAAGGCAAAAAGACUUGGUGGAGCUGGUAGACUGUUACAGAUGAAAGAGAGGGCUGAUGAGCUAAAAGCUGACAAGGAAGCCAGAAGAAAAGAAAUUGCUGAACAAAAAUUGUAUGAUCAUUGGAAACAAAAUGCUGUAGAACUUAGAGAGAUUGAAGCUGACCAGCUCAGAGAACAUGUAGUGAACAGCUGGGCUGAUCAAGUGUCUGACCGGGAAGAGAACUUGAAGUCAGCAAGACAAGAAGACAGAAGAAUGGAUGCUGUUAUGGAAAAAGAUAGGUUACUUGCUCUUGAGAAAGAAAGAGCUAAGGAAGAGGAAAAGAAGAGAGAGCAAGAAAAUCUUGCUGCAGAUCUGAGAAAACAAAUGGAAGAACUUAAACUUAGAGAUGAAGAGGCUCAAAUGCUAAAACAGGAACAAGAGGAUUUGCUCAAAGCACAAAGAAGGCUAGAACAGGCAGAGGAAGAUCGAAGGCUGCUGGAUGAAGCAAGGAGAAAACGAGAGUUUGGGCGUGUCCUGAUCCGUCAACAUAAAGCACAGAUGAAAAGAAAGAGUAAAGAGAUACAAGAGGCUUUGGAGCUGGAUUUGAAGAUUUUAGAAGCAUUGGCCAAGAAGGAAGAUCAAGACAAAAUAGUUGAGACUUCAAGACGAGAGAAAGCCAGAGCUGAUGCAGAAUACAUGAGACAGGUUGUUGAACAGCAACUUAAGCUUGAACAACAAAGGGAGGCGGAGUUGGACAUGCUCUACAGAGAUGAAGCAGCGCGAAUGUGGACCAAGAGAGAAGCAGAGUGGGAACGGGAAAGACUGGCCAGAGAGAGAUUGAUGGCUGAAGUUUUAGACGUUCGCAGAAAACAACUGGAUGACAAAAUGGAGGAAAAUAAACGCCGCCAAGAGGAGUCAAUUGAAAGUCGUGAACAACUGCUGCGAGAAUUGGAGGAAGCUCAGAGAAUGACAGCAAGAGAGAAGAGUGAAGAGGCAAGACUACGGAGGGAACGAGAAGAAGAAAUUCAAGCACAGAUAACUUCACGUAGAGAAAAGGCCAACGAAAUGAAACAAAUUGAAAGAGAAGAGCUAGAGAGGGAAAGGCGAGAGAAAGAAGCAUAUGAUAGAAUGUUGAGACAUGAGGCAGAUCAUAUGAAAGCGAGAGGACCUCAUGCAAGGUUUGUUCCGAGAAGGAGAACAGCAUUUGAAUAGAAUAACUUCCUUCGGAUCAAAUGGAUUGUUACUUCAUCUGUCUGAGGUAACAGCGUAAAUAUGGUUGUAAGGAAGUGUUUUUUAAGUGGUUCGCCGACUUCUUCACAGUUUGUCUCGCAACAGCUUUUGUCACACAAUCAUGAAAUAGUAACCGCUGAAUGAAACAGCAUCAAAGACUGGAAAGGGACGCCAUAACUAUAAACUGUAUCCUGCUGUAAUGCUAUCAGGCUUGGGCAGAAAUGCAUGAGUCAACAUUUCAUCGAGCAGGACUCAGUAUCACGAUUAGAAGUGUAAAUUUGUCCAAGUUUUGGUUGAUACUAAAAUGUGUAAAGGUAAUAGUUGUAAAUAAUAAAUAAAGAUCAAUGUCGCGGGAGAUUUCUCGAAUGA